AUGCAUGCGAGACACCUACUCGUCUCCUCCGGCUUCCUCUUGGUCGCCGCGCUCUGUGUCGUCGGCCUCCUGCCCUCGCCUGGGUGGCCACGGUCGAAGUCGUUCCCGUCUUGGCUGCCUCCUCCGAUCAACAGAAGAGAGCACGACGACAGCACCGACGGCCACCCGUGCGACUAUUCGGACGGACGAUGGGUGAGGGACGACGCUGCCGACGUGACGACGUACACAGAGGACUGCCGGUUCCUCGACCCCGGCUUCCGGUGCACACGGAACGGACGCAGCGACUCCUCCUUCAGACACUGGCGCUGGCAACCUCAUCGCUGCGUCCUCCCUAAGUUCAACGCGACGGAUAUGCUGGAGCGGAGCCGGAACGGCAGGAUCGUCUUCGUCGGGGACUCGAUCGGCCGGAACCAGUGGGAGUCCAUGGUGUGCAUGCUCGCCGCCGCCGUGCCGUCGGCGGCCAGCGCGUCGGCCAGAGUGUACGAGCAGUCCGGGAAACCGAUCAGCCGGCACAGGGGCUACCUCGCCAUGGUUUUCGCCGACUACAACCUCUCCGUCGAGUACUACCGCGCGCCGAUGAUCGUGAUGGUCGACCGCUUCCGGCCGGCAAACGACGCGACGACAAGCAGCGGAGGCGUGAGGGGAGCCGUCCGCCUGGACGUGAUGCCACGACACGCCGACCGGUGGGCCGGCGCCAACGUGCUUGUGCUCAACACCGGCCACUGGUGGAACCACCACAAAACCGUCAAGGCAGGAAAAUAUUUCAUGGUUGGCAACCGCUUGAACAGAACCAUGAACAUCAAGGAAGCUUUUCGACUGUCUCUGCAAACGGUGAAAGAUUGGGAAUUGAGCAGUGCCCGAUGUUCCAAAAGCUAUUUCUUCUUCAGGAGUUAUUCUCCCUCGCAUUAUAGCAAUGGCACCUGGGACAUUGGUGGUUCGUGCGCUGGCCAGCGAGAUCCACUGACCACUAAUGUCCACUUUUUUGGUGAAGAGUACUCAUGGAUGAACGCGAUGAUUGCGAAGAUGACGGAUGGUAUUAGGAGCCACGGAAGGAAGGCAAGGUUUCUGAACAUUACUCACAUGACGGAGCUCAGACCGGAUGGCCAUCCGUCAGGGCACCGGGAGCCGGGAACGCCGCCGGGCGCGCCGGAGGAUUGCAGCCACUGGUGCCUCCCGGGCGUGCCAGACGUUUGGAAUCAGGUCCUCUACGCACACCUCUUGUCCACAGGGUAUGACAAACGCAUGAAGGAGAGAUAA